GAAAACAUUAUACUCGUGCUUUGAACAUUUAUCAGAGCAUAUACACACACACACACACAUAUAUAUAUAUACACACAUAAUUGAUCAUAUCAAGUAUCAACGGUUGCAGGGGAAGAAGGUAACAUGGAGAAGAGCUUCUACAACAAUGGCCGCUUCUGCAUAUUAUUAAUCUCUCACUGCGUUCUUCUUAUGAGUUCAGGGCUUUGCUCGAAUCCCUUCUCCUACGAUCGUUAUUCGGAAAAAGAGUGUGUAACCGAGCCACCGAAAUCUUCAAGCAAUAUUGGAGGAUUAAUACUUAACCGCGACGUGGAAGAUGACGCAGGAAACCGGAAGCUACAUGGCAAUGGAGCGAUCAGUGAAAUUGUACAUAGAGUUCAUGUUCAUCAAGGGCAUAUAUACACCUUCUCUGCUUGGGUGAGGACGGGGAAAGGGGAGAGUACGAGAGUGGAAGCGUCAUUCAGGACGGAGGACGGAGGACUCAUUCAUGGGGGCGAAGUCGCCGCGGGAAAAGCGUGUUGGUCGUUGCUCAAAGGCGGUAUCGUCGCCAAUUUCUCAGGCCCCGUCGACCUUCUCUUCAAGAGCCAAAACAGAGGAGCAGAGAUCUCUGUAGCCGAAAUGUCGCUGCAACGGUUCACUAAAAGGCAAUGGAAGCUCGAGCAAGAUCAAGUCAUCGACAAGAUCCGGAAGAGCAGAGUUAGGUUUCAAGUGACGUAUCGGAACAAAACCGCCGUAAAAGGAGCUACGAUAUCCGUAAACCGGAUCAAGCCCUCUUUCCUCCUCGGCUGCGGCAUGAACUAUCGCAUCUUGUCGAGCCAAGGGUACAGAAACUGGUUUGCGUCUCGGUUCAAACUCACUUCCUUCACCAACGAAAUGAAAUGGUACACGACCGAGAAAGUCCGCGGCCGGGAGAACUACACCCUUGCGGAUUCCAUGCUGAAAUUCGCCGAGGAAAACGGUAUUAAGGUAAGGGGGCAUACGGUGCUUUGGGAUAACCCGAAAAUGCAGCCGAGCUGGGUUCAAAACGUAACCGGAGCUGAAGAUUUGAUGAACGUGACUCUGAACCGGAUAAACUCGGUUAUGACGAGGUACAAGGGGAAACUUACAGGAUGGGAUGUGAUGAAUGAGAAUGUGCACUUCAGAUUCUUCGAAGACAUGCUCGGAGAGAACGCCUCGGCUAGUUUCUACUCGUUGGCUUCCAAGCUUGAUCCCGAUAUAACGUUGUUCGUGAACGAGUACAAUACGUUGGAGAAUAGCAAAGAAGGAAUAGCGAGCCCCGUUAACGUGAAGAAGAAGAUGGAAGAAAUCGUGGCGUUUCCCGGGAACAUGAACAUGAGAGGAGGAAUUGGAGCUCAAGGUCACUUUGGACCUUAUCAACCAAACCUUGCUUACAUAAGAUCGGCGUUAGAUACAUUGGGAUCCCUCGGGUUUCCUGUCUGGUUAACGGAAGUCGAUAUCCCCAAAUGCCCGGAUCAGGUGAAAUACUUGGAAGAAAUCUUGAGGGAAGCAUAUUCUCACCCGGCGGUGGAAGGCAUAAUCAUGUUUGCAGGGCCAGAAGUGUCGGGUUUCGACAAACUUACGCUUGCGGACAAAGAUUUCAAGAACACGGAGACAGGUGAUCUCGUGGACAGGUUGCUGAAAGAGUGGCAGCCAUCCGAGACACAGGAGUUUGAGAUCACGUCGGAUGGUGGAUUGGGGUUUUCUCAGGAGGUUUCUCUGUUGCAUGGCGAUUACAGGGCGACUGUGAAUCAUCAUCAUCCGCCAUGGAUGAAGAGCUUGUCCACAAGCUUGAGCUUUGAGGUGAAGAAGGAGGAGAUGGUGCAAGUUGUAAUUGAUGCCUGAAUAUUGAAAUCGUUUUCUUCUGUAGAUGUUAAAACAUAUAUUACAAAACAUUCCAACUCAUGGGAAUUAUUAGAGAAAGAGACCUGUUUCAAUU